AAUUUGGGACUUAAAUGGAGCUACCACUUACCAGAAUUUUCCCAGCAAAAACCGGACCUGGCAAGGGAAGAAGAAGCCGGCGGCAAGCUGCAGGGAACUCACGGACUACCCAAAAAUUGAGGGAAAUAAACAGAAAUUAGCAUAACCCAGCCUAAAUCAAGGUUAAAGAGAUGAUUUCUUGGCUGUGGCUUACCCGAAAAAUGCCCAGAAAUUCAAACCCACAGCAGCCGGCGGACAGGGGAGGAGCAGAGCAGAACCGGGAUUUUCUGGGUGGACCUUCCAAGGAUGGGCGAUUUUAUGGAAUGUCCAUUUACAUGGACCCUACUGAGCAAAGAGUGUCACAUCGUAAGCGUCCUCCACAUACCAUACCUAAUAGUUCUAUUCAAUCAUCUCAACAUGUGGUGCAGUUGCAACAAAUUGUGACAAAACUACAAGAGAAUCAACUCACAUUGCAAGAGAAGGUUGACAGGAUGGAGAGGAUGUUUUUUAUGAUGCAGGUAGGAGGAGGGAUUGCGACGGGUGGGGGAGCAUAAUUGCCUUUGUCUUAAGUUGAUCUUAAUUUGUAUCACAAACAUCUUUUACUAUUACAUAUGCAUGGACAUGUAUGAGGUUUCUUCUUCUCCUCUAUUCCAACUCCAAAUCAGAAUCUAUGAUGCUUCUUCUGCUCCUAAUCAAGAAAAUAUCAAGAUUUGUUGUUGUCCAUUCCUUGAAUGCCCAGUGGGUGCUCCUUCUGUAACUUUCUAGUAAGUAAUCAACCAUAUUACUCAUCUUUUACCUUUGAAUUGAGUUGGGUUAUCUUUAAUCCUAUUAGGGUUUUCAAUUUGGGGUUUAUUUCUAUAGUUUUCCUCCUUGGUUUUGCCCUAGUGGCACCAAAUCUGAUCUGUUCUGCUAGAUUUGGACAACAUGACCUAUUUGCAAUGUUUUGCCCAUAAUUUUGCCUAUAGUUAUCAAAUUAAGUUGAUUUUUGAUUCUGUAGGAAGCUAAGAGGUAGCUCUGUAAUUUUUAUGGUGAAUGUUUUCAUGGUGAAAAACCUCCUGCAAGUUUGAUUCCCGCAGGCGAACUUAAGUGGUAGCCCGACCCUGUGUUAGUAUGUUGACCAUAACUCUCUGUAGAUGUCGGAUAAAGAUUGUGUGACUCGAGUGAUUUGUAACCAAGGGGAGUGACGAGUUAGAAAGCUAGCCAUUGUAUUUUGGACGUAGAUUUUGAGUUGUAGAUUAUUCUUUGUAAGUUAGAUUUUAUUUUGAAAUAUUGAUCUAAGUUUAUGUGGACUGUUAGUAAUGAAUUUAGCAAGUUCCGAGCCUUGUGCAUUUGUGGGAUCCUCUUACAAGUGCACGGCAUCUAUUUUGCUUUUGGUUUUGGGGCAUGACACCAAAACUAUUAUGGCAAAUAUUGUAAAUUUAUUAGCAUUUUGAUCAUAUUUUUCAAUUGAAAAUAUUUACAACAAAUUUACAAAAAUAUC